AAAAAAAAAAGCAGUGCUGGGAUGGAACCCAGGGCCUCAUUCAUGUUAGGGAAAUACUCUACCACUAAGAUAAAUCCUCAUCCCUUAUUACUUUUUAAUUCGAUGACUAUAACAUUCUCCCCCAGAAAGGAAGGGAAAGGGCAAGUAAAAAUAAUGUGAGAAAGAUCUAAAUGUGAAAUUUAUUUUGUCUAGAAAACUGUUAUUUCCGUCAGGAUUUUGUUUUUAUUUUUGAGCUAUGAGAUUGCAUGUACAGAUAAUUGGAAAAUAGGCUUAAUUUAUAUAGUCAGGGAAUUCUUAGGUUGAUAUAAUUUGAUGUAUUUACAUGUGAGUCAGAUUUGAAGUAUAAUUUCUCUUAAAUGAGACGACAGUUGAAUGACAAUACUCAUCGGUACCUUGUGCCCAACAUCACCCAUUAUAUGACAUUAUGAUUCUUCGUAGCAUUCUGAAUUUUACAUGAUCCAGCCAAAGAGUACCAGUUGUAUGCAACAGUGAGACUCUACCAUGUCAACCACUGUAGCAUCAUGUCUUCAUAGGAAGAUUUCGAGUUGAAGUAGUUCCGUUGUUCACAUUCAUGUCCUCUUUUUGUUCCUAGAAGAUUGAUCUCUUUAGUUGGAGACUGCUUCUGGAUUUCAUUCAGUCACUCAAGAAACUGUUUUUUCCUUUUUAUCCUGGGGAUUGAACCCAGAGUCUCAUGCAUGCUAAGUAUGUGCUGUUCCAUCCUGCUACACCUGUAGCCUCAAAAAACAUAAGCACCUAGUGUGUGUUUCCAAACUCUGCUAGAUAUUGAGGAUACAAAGGUAAGAUUGAUAUGGUCCCUGCCCUCAUAGAGCUUAGGGUUUCAUGUGGCCUUUGGGAAACAAGGUGUCAAUCUGAUUUUAUACUAAGAAUAAUAAUACUACCUUGCUUUGUUUAAUUACUUAAAAUCAACAUUUUUAUGAUUUUUUAUUAACACUUCUAGAUCUCACUUUUGCAAGUGCAAACCACUGAUGUACAUUGUCUUCUCUAGUACUUGGCUGGAGAGGUCUUCUGUUUCUGUGAGACAUUUUCUAAUUUUGGUGAGACUUGCCAACUCUUUACUUACACGUUUCUUAGACUACAUUGCAAAAAUGUUUCUGAUAUCAAAUACAUUUUAUAGGGAAAGAUGACUUUCAAAACUAGUUAUGGUCCUAUAGAGGAGGCUGGGUUUUAAAAUCUUUGUCAUUUGUUUUUAUGCGUUCCCAGGAUAACUUUAAAAAGGGGAUUCUCUUUACCGUGGUUUGUUUUUCUAAAACCUUUUUGUCAGUUAUUUAUUUAUUUAAUUUUAUAAACCAACUCCAAACUGAAGUGGCAGAGGUAAAUCAGAUGUUUUUAGUUUGUUUUAUUAGAAGAUCUGUACAUGGGAAAUGACCAGUGUCACCACUUCUAAAAUACUGUCCCAAACAACCCAGAGCAUUUUAUUUCAGCUCGUGAAUAGCUGUUCUUAAUCUGUUGUAUGUUAGACAUACUAUGAACUACCUCUUCACUUAUUAUGGGGAAGUUUCCUUAAUAAAAGUGUGACAUUAAAAGUGAUGUUGGUUUAUUUUUUUCUCCUGUUCCACUUUCCUUUCCAACUUUAUGAAUUUUAAACCAGGAAUGUUUCUGUUCUUUAAAAUAUACAUUAAUCAUGAAUGAGGAAUGCUUAGGCUGUAAUUCAAGCACACCAGAGGUUGAGGCAGGAAUAUCACAAAUUCAGGCCUACAUAGGCUGCUUAACGACACCAUCUAUCUGAAAAGGGGGCCGAAGGGAUUAAUUUGCUUUCCGAAGAACAUACGGUUCAGCCAGAAAUUAGUAGUGUCAGUUAUUUCUAUGAGAAUGAGCUUCCAGGUAGAACAAUUGCUUUUAAUAACUGGUUCAGGGCUGGGGGUGUGGUUCAGUGGUGGAGCAUUUGCUUAGCAAUCAUAGUACAGACUACUGGCUCAAACACCCCUUUCUUCCGUAAAUGCUGGAAGCUUGCUAAGUUACACUGCAGGAAUGCAAAGACCACCAAGCUUUUGUGCCACGCUCAAAACUCCCGGUUUGAUCUGCAGCACGGGGUGUGAUCACUCCACUCCUGGCUGGCAUGUCCAGUGCCAGCGAGGGCCCCGGUUCCGCUGAGUGGGGGGAGGAAGCCAGGGAAGAGGUCGCGAUGUCGGACGGGGAAAGGUGUACUCAAAGGUUCCGCGCUGGCCGAGAAGCCCGCAUACACAUUUCUUUGGGAGAGGUUCUCCUUCGCUCUUCCUCUUUUCAAGCUGUGGAUAGUCCUCAGACGGAAGUCCGACCCGUCAUGCCAUCGUCCAGCUUCACGCCCGGACUCCGGAUGGUCGGGAGCUCUCGGGCACGGCCAGCGCGCGGAGACCAGGGCAGCGACGACGCUCGAGUUAGCGCUCAGACGCCCUUCAGUUACCGCAGGAGCCGGAGGGAAGAGCGGCUCCGGAUGGAUGUCCUUCCGGGGCGCCCCCGCCGGCACUGCCGGAGUAAAGCUGGCUGACCCGGAUGUGUUUCCUCCCAGGCUAACCCCACCUUCCGGCCUGCGCCGCUGCCGCUGCCGCCGCUGUGGAAACCUCCACUCGUUCUCCGAGUCGGUAAGUGGGCGCGGAGGAGACUCGCGAAGGAACCAGACUGUUACCAUGGCUGCUGAGUCUGAGGUUCUGCACUUCCAGUUUGAACAACAAGGAGAUGUGGUCCUGCAGAAAAUGAAUCUUUUGAGACAGCAGAAUUUAUUUUGUGAUGUAUCAAUUUAUAUUAAUGACACUGAAUUCCAGGGGCACAAGGUGAUUUUAGCUGCUUGCUCCACCUUUAUGAGAGAUCAAUUUUUACUCACACAGUCAAAGCAUGUCAGAAUCACCAUUCUGCAGAGUGCAGAAGUUGGCAGAAAAUUAUUGCUCUCUUGCUAUACUGGAGCACUUGAAGUUAAAAGAAAAGAACUUUUGAAAUAUUUGACUGCCGCCAGUUACCUUCAGAUGGUUCACAUUGUGGAAAAGUGUACAGAAGCUUUGUCAAAGUAUCUGGAAAUUGAUCUUUCUAUGAAAAAUAAUAAUCAGCACACUGACCUAUGUCAAUCUUCUGACCUGGAUGUUAAGAAUGAAGAAGAAAAUUCUGAUAGAGACUGUGAGAUAAUUGAAAUUUCAGAAGAUAGUCCUGUAAACAUAGAUCUCCAUGUCAAAGAAGAGGAAAGCAAUAUAUUACAGUCCACAGUAGAGAGCUUGACAUCAGAGAGAAAAGAAAUGACCUCACCAGAUCUCUCUACUGUAGAUUUAGGUUUUAAAGAAAAUGAAAUUUGUAUUCUCCAGGUCGAGUCUAUGAGUACACCAGGUGUUGAAAAUGGGCAGUUUCCACAGCCUUGUACCUCAUCAGAAGCAAAUAUGUAUUUCUCAGAAACACAGCACUCACUGAUCAAUUCUACAGUUGAAAGCAGAGUGGCAGAUGUUCCUGGAAAUCAAGGUCAGGGCUUAUUUUGUGAGAAUACUGAUGGAAGUCAUGGUACAGUGAAUGAGAUUCAGAAUCUGGAAGAGAGUUAUACACUGAGGCACCAGUGUCCCAGGUGUCCUCGAGGCUUUCUUCAUGUUGAAAACUAUCUGCGUCACCUUAAGAUGCAUAAACUCUUCCUGUGUUUACAGUGUGGCAAAACAUUUACACAGAAGAAAAACCUUAACCGACACAUUCGAGGGCACAUGGGCAUACGGCCCUUUCAGUGUUCUGUGUGCUUGAAGACGUUUACAGCUAAAAGCACACUUCAGGACCAUUUGAACAUACACAGUGGGGAUAGACCAUAUAAAUGCCACUGUUGUGAUAUGGAUUUCAAGCACAAAUCUGCCCUCAAAAAGCAUUUAACCUCUGUUCAUGGCAGGAGCAGUGGUGAAAAACUACCUAGACCUGAUCUCAAAAGGCAAAAUCUACUAUAAUUGAUAUUAUGGACUUCCUUUGUAAAUCUUGUAUCAUUCUGUUGGCAAAUCUUUCUGUAUAAAUGGCAGUGCUUAUACUAUUGAACUCCCCUCACCACCCAUUUUUUAUGUUUUAUUUUUCAUCUAUUCUUUCUGAACUUUCAAUAGUUCCAAAGUUGUAGGAAGGAGGCAUAACAAAGUUGAUGGGAUUCUGUCUUGUUCCAUAUAUAUAUAUAUAUAUAUAUAUAUAUAUAUAUAUAUAUAUAUAUGUCCUAGAACUAUACCUGGAGAAAUAGUUUUCUGAUCUUAAAUAUUCCUGAUCUCUGUGACAAAAUUCAGCAGUAUUUGCAGUAUUUGACUUACAUAUUCUAGACCAUUGAUUUAAAUUAAAUACAACCAUAUAAUUAUUCUGGAAUUAUGAUGACAGAAAAAGUCAAUUUAAAAACACUAUUAUCCAUUACUAGACACUUGAAAAGAUAGGAUUAAUUAGCAAUUUUUUUUUUUUUUGUCAGUCAUUGGGCUUGAACCCUCGGCUUGGGCGC